UUGGGUCCACAUUGAACUGAAAUGUACUAUAUUUUUUACAUUGCCUGUACACAGUCAUUUUUCACAACAGUCGAAAAUAGUCGACAGUCAUUCCAACAAGGAUAUCCACAGACCACACGAGUGUGAAUUUAUUCAUCUCACCCCGCGUCUUUAGUCUCUUUAUCAUCAUUUUACAAGGAGGACACGUACAUAUACUACAGAGAAGUGUGUGCUUACUGGAACUGAGGCAAAAGGAAUAAAGCCUUGCUCAUGAGGGAUAGUGACUGACAUUUCUGGUGGUUGUUCUGUGAACGCUUGGCUGAAGCUGAAAAGCAUCCACUCUGAGGCAGGGUCUGUGACGAGCCAUCAUGGGCCGCCUCACCAUGGAUCUGAUUUCCAAAUCCAGCUACCAUUUGAAAGACAAGAGAAGCUACUCCCUCCCACAGUAUCUCAAGAAACUCACUCACCUGAUCUUCUAACAAGUACAUAGUGGACAUUGAAGAUCUCUCCAUGUGCAGAAACAACGACAUCACUCACGUAGAUAACCUCUCCAACCCGCAGAAGCUCUCCAAGCUGAAUCUUUAGGUGUCAUGAAUAUCAACAGGAACAACAUAGAUGAUGUCAGAGAUCUUGCCAUUCUAGAGAAACACACUUUGCUGCAGACAACCAGCUACAGGACAUGCAGACUUCCACAUGGGCCCCCAUCCUUCAUACAACUAUAACUACGGCAACACCCGUGGCAAGAAGAAUCCUUUGGAGGGGGCGACCCAGCAGGAAGGUCCACUUGGAACACUCACAACUGGACAGUGCAGCAAUGAGGUUUAUAAGUGCUCCCUAUAUGGUUGGAAGACAGACGAUACGCAUGGAUAGUGGAAAUGGCCCAGUGACAGUUAUGGAUGAGAGUCCCACAUCUAGCCCCAGCUCCAGCCCCAGUCCUGACAUGCUGACCACCGACAGUCGGCGUCCGGAGGCCCUGCAUCACUCCAGGGUGGUCCAGGCCGGUGGGCUCGGUGGCAGAGGGCGACCGGCAGCAGCCAACGCAGCACGGGAGAGGAGUCGAGUGCAGACCCUGAGAAGCGCAUUCCUGGAGCUACAGAGGACUCUUCCGUCGGUGCCACCGGACACAAAACUGUCCAAGCUCGACGUGUUGAUUUUGGCCACCACGUAUAUUGCCCAUCUGACUCGGACCUUGCAAGAGGAGGGGAUGGAGGAGGGAGAGAGCAAUAGACAAACAGAGGCCUUACACUCGCUGAAAGGUGAAGGUUACCUGCACCCUGUGAAAAAGUGGCCAAUGCGAUCCAGGUUAUACGUCGGCGCCAGCGGUCAGUUUCUGAACAAUUCAAAACAGACAGAAAAUCAAGGCGCAUCGUCGUCGACCUCGCAGACAUAAAUCUAUCCACUGCAUAAGGGACUUCUAAUUCAGACGACCAUUAAUUAGUAAGACUCUUUCAGCUAAAUCCACCAAUGCGGACUUAUGAAAUGGACAGCAGAUUCGUCGUCUGACAGUGCUUAUUAUUUUUAUUUAUCAAACAACUGAAGUCUCUGCUUUCGACUUCAGUAUUUUCAUGUAAAGGAGACAGUCACGACUCUUUCAAUAGUAGGAACACAUUGUAAAUUAAUAUAUUAUGUGAUUAUGUAUAUAAAAUCUGAGAAAGCCUGAAUAUUGUUGCUCUUAUUUUGGCCAUGCUGUGUUUCUGCUCUGCUUUCUGCUGUUCUGUGCCUGUUGGAGAUAUUAACGUGUGUAUACUUUUUAGAAAUUCCGUGUCUGGUGAAAUGAACAUUUGCACUAAAUGCAUGUGUGAAUAACUUAACAUCUGUCAUGUGAAGUGAUCUGUCAGAAUCUCAAAAGUGGUAGGAGCCUCUUCAUCUUCAUCAGUUUUUUGAUAAUGACUUGAGGAAUAGAAAUAAGACAUGUCUCCCAUUCCAUCGGUUGUAAAUAAGUUUACUGAGAUGUAUUUGUUCUAAGUGGCCUAAAUAAUCAUGUUCUGUCAUUUAAGUCCAGCUUUAUCUCUUAACAAUCAAGAGGGGUUCCAUUUGAUUAUUUGCAUGAAAAGGGAAUUAUGAGUUGACAUUCAUUUUUUUGCAGUCAGAUAUAUAUUUUACACAAAUGCACAAUUUUGCAACCACAACAAACUCCUAAUUACAAUAAAUGUUAAUGCAUUUCAAGGCACAUAUUGUGGAAUGGGCCCUAAGUGUAUUCAAAAUGGUAGUGACUCGUUCAGUGUGGUGUAUAGUGUGUCCAGAUGCCGAAUUCAAAACAAUGGGAACUGGGAACGCGGAAAUCUCUGAAUUCCGACUUCAGUGUGUUCAAAACAACUGGGAACUCGGAAAAAAACUAGCUCUGACUGGGAAAUCGAUUUGAACGUCAUCCAAUUCCGAAUUCCAACUCGGGAGGUCGGGCCUUUUCUAGAGCUCGGACUUCCCGAGCUGAAGAUCACUGAAGUCAUGAUUUGACCUCCCAGUUGUUUUGAACUCGGCAAGAGGACACUUCUAUUAAAGGGAAUGUUCGGGAUUUGGGCAAUUAAUUUUAAAAAAUGUAUCUACUUCCCGAGAGUCAGAUGAACUGGAUAUAAUUUUUAUGUCUCUGUGUUCAGUUUUAAGUAAGCUGCCAACUACCGUGAGCGCAAUCGCUAACUACUGGAAGUCUAUGGGAACAGCUAGUAGGGGAAAUCUAUAAAGGGCCUCAUUGCCAAAAUCCCAAACUAUCCCGUUUAACUAUAGCAUAACUUUUGAGAAUUUUAGCUUUAUGAAGUUGAUAUCGAAUGUUCAGAGAUCAAUUUUAUGUAGGCUACUCAGACACUGUUACACUUCUGAAAUGUGCAAAUUGGAAACUUAGCACAAUAUUCAAAAGAAAAACUGAUAGUUAUGGUUUUAAAGGCCCAGUGGAGUAAAACAAUUGAUUUCCCUGUGUUUCAUAUACAAUCAGUAGCCAGUUUAUUAGGUACACUCAUCUAUACUGAACAAAAAUAUAAACACAACAUGUAAAGUGUUGGCCCCAUGUUU